AUGUUUAAAAAAUUAAAAGACAAGCUAGCGGAGGAAGUAAAGUCUUCACCUCAAAGAAUCCAACAGUUCGCCCAGGCUGCCCAAGCUGCCGUAACUUCAGCGUCCAGCAGCAUAUCCGACAUUACUAACAAUGAUUUGUUCUCCAUUGGCGACAGUGAUAGUCAACAAGGUCGACCAGAUAAAGUACAGCCAUCGCCAAGUAAGGAACAGGACACGUUCCGUGAAGUGUCCCUGAUACAACCCAGUUCUUCCAUACAGGAUCUACCAACUAGCACUGAAUCAAUGAGUUUUACAAGCCAAGACUUAAUGGAAACGCCAAGACAAAGAAGACUAUCGAACAGUUCAUUUGCCAGUGAUGUAUCAUUCAGACUACCUAGUUAUGAAAGUCCAUCCAUGUACCACUUGCAAUCUGACAUGGAAGUGUCAGCAAGUGAAGCGGAAGAGAGAGGAUUUUCAAGUGGCAUGGUAAAUCUGGAGCGUGUCACGAAGGAUCAAAUAUACGCGGCAUAUCGACGCACACAGGAUCGAUAUACGAAAUACAGGACACAAUACGCUGAUCUUGCCCGCCAUUAUAAACUGUUGGAAAGGGAAAAUGCAAAAGCUCGGAGCGUAUUAGUGGAAACCCAAGAUAAAGCGCUGAGGAGAAUAUCUGAACUGAGAGAACAGUGUUCGUUAGAACAAAGCGCAAAGGCGCACCUAGAAAAAGCUCUUCGUAUUGAAAUAGAAGAAAGAAACAUGAAAAUUGACACACUUAACACAAAAAUCAAAUUAUUACAAGAAAACAAUGUAGGCCAUGAUGUGAAUAUUGAAAAUGGCAAUCAAAAUGAAGUAAACGACGCACCUUUAAUAAAUUUGUCCGUAGACAAUGAAAAUAACCACACUAAUAACGAUGCCUGCACUUCAGAAAUCGCUGCUCUGAAUACUAAAAUAGAUAAACUAGAAAUUUUGGUAAACAAGUACAAAGAAUCACUUAAAAGCACAAAAGAGAAAAACUCCCAGAUUACAACGGAAUUACAACUCGUAACAAGUGAACUAGCUAGUAAAAAUAAAGAAAUCGAUCAAUUGCAAAUAACCAUCAAACAGUUAGAUGAAACACGACAGAAAGUACUAGAAUUAAACGAUCUUAACGAAGAAUUACAGAAUAAAGUCAAUGCUUACGACUUUAAUAAAACAAAACAAAUGUCGACUCUUGAAAUUGACCUACAUAAAGCACAAGAAGAAAUAACUGAACUUCAACAAAAAAUUGAAAUUUUCACUAAACGUGAAGAAGAAUAUGCCAUAUCUUUAGCUGAAAACAAAUUAAGGAUACAUAAAGAAUUAGAAAGCAAAGAAGCCGAAAUAAAAUCGCUUAAAGAUAGUUUAUCUGGCGCCAAAACCGAAAUACAGUCUUUGAAUAUUGUUGUGAGUGAUUACAAAAACAGUAUAGCACAAUUAGAAGAAGAAAAAUUAAAACUUAACAAUGAUAUUAAUGAACUAAGUUCGACGAAAAUGAAAAUUACGGAAUUGGAAUCACAAUUACAAACACUGACACAAAAAUGUCAAUUAUUGGAAAAUUCGAAAUCAAAAGCAGAUGAGGAAUACAAAUGUCUUCAGUUACAGUUGAAACAAGAAACAGCAGAAAAACUUGCUAUGGUUGAUAGAAACACCUAUCUAGAAGAUAGAAACUCCCAGUUGUCUGAAGAAAAUGUUAAGAAAAGCCAACAAAUAAAUAACCUGGACAAUGAAUUGCAAAUUCUCAAAAAGGAAAGAAUUUCAGAAGAGGAUAGCACGAAUGAAAAAUUAGAAAUGGUUGACGAAAUUGAAAAAUGGAAAAAUAAAUGCAGUGAUUUGGAAUAUGAAAUUCAAGAAGAAAGAGAAGAGCUUGGAAAGUUACAGUCAGAAAUUGAAAAACUAUUGUCUAAUCAUGAGCUUAUUCAGAAACUAAAUACAGAAUUAAACACUGCUACUAAUAAUUUGAAAACCGAAAACAAAAUAUUACAGAAGGACUCAUUGCAUGAAAAAUUGAAGAAAAUGGAGAAAAAUCUGACUUACAUAGAAAAAUUAGAAAACAAUGUAAGAGAUUUAAAUCAAGAAAAUAUCGCACUGAAAAACCAGUGUGAAACCAUCGCCAAUAAUGUGAAAAGUCUUCAAUGUGAAUUAAGUGACGUCCGAAAGUCCCAUGCAGAAAUAGAAGUAGAGAAGGACAGGCUCUGCUUUGUUAUAGAAGAGUUAGAAAGAAAUGAACGCAUAAAUAAACCCAAUGAUAAAGAUACGCAAACAAAUAUCAAUAUUGAACAAGAACCAAUUCAAGAACUUGUCGAAGUUCGAGCUCUCGAAGAACUUCAUUCAGAUCAAACCAGACAUAAAUAUGAUGAUGAAUUACCUAAAAAAUAUGAUAGUCUGCUAGUGGAACAUAACUCACUUAAGGAAGAAAACAGGCGAUUACAAUCAGACGUUUCCGGACUACAAACGUAUCUAGCACAAAUAUCUAAAGAGAACAGUAUCUUAAAUGACAAGAUGAGAGAAUUAAUAGCCUUUGAUGAGGGCUCUACUAAUAAAGGCCUAUCUGACUUGAAAAAUGAAAAAAUGGAUGACCUUAUUCGAGAAAACAUGUUACUAAUAGAAGAAAAUCUAGAGCUGAAAGAUCAGUUAACUUCACAAAAUGACUAUAAACCUGCUGGAAGUCAACCUAAUAAUGCUAUGAAGGCAAGUGAGUUUAUGGAUUGGAAAGAAAAAUACGAAAAUUUGCAGGAUACAAAUAAAAUGUUACAAAAGAGAUUAAAGGAUGUAGAGCACAUGAACAAAUCUGUAAAUAAUAAUUUGCAACAGGUACAAGACAACAAUGAUAAGCUAAAAUUAUCAAAUGAAAAAUUGGAGCGAAGGUUAGAUGAGGCGCUUGUAAGCUUACGACAUUUACAUUCUUUACAGGAGAACACAGAACUAGAGUACUUGAGAAACAUUCUAUAUGAAUAUCUCACUGGAUCUGGGACACAUUCCGUUACAUUAGCUAAAGUACUUGCUGCGGUUGUUAAAUUUGAUGACGCUCAAACUCGACAAGUGCUUCAGAAAGAAAAGGAACGACAAGGAUUUUUACGACAGCUUGGGAUUAUAUGAUACCAAAUGUUAGAAGAAUUAAACAGCCUAGAGUGAAGUUGAACUACUCGUAUCUAAAUUUCCAAAAAGUUUGUGGAUAUAAAGAAUAUUUUAAUAGUAAGUGUGAUAUAAUAUUGCGUAUUUAAUUUGAUGAGUUAACUUAAACUGUUGCGGUACAAAAAAGUGAUCCGUUUAGACUAAAUAGGACAAGAAAAAUCUGACUGAAGAGUCAUUUAUAAACUCGUGUAAAAUGAAUUGUCAUAUUUCACAACUAUGUAGUGACCAAAUAUACCAUCACUGCUUAUUUACAACUAAAAAGGUAGAAUCAAAUAACAGACUCGUAUUAUAUUUAAUGGAAGCAAUUUUUUCGCAAAUUUUUUGUAUGUAUUGUAACAGAAAUUAAUAAAUAUUGUGCAAAUUAGAGAUAAGUUUAUAAGUUUGAAAAAAUAUUGUUUUGUUUUAAUAACAUGUCCAUAAAUUCCAUUAAAGUAAG